UUGUUUUUCUUUAAUUAUUGAUUAUUUAUCUGCUUCAAGUGAAAUGAUGACCUUGAGAUUUCAGCCCCUUUUUUGUUUUUUGGUUGGUAGGGCUAAGUGGGUUUCUGAUAUCUUACUGAAAAAGUUGUAAUCUUGCUAGAAUCCUCGAUAGAUUUCAGAUUAUGUAUAGAUUUCGUGUUGAUAUUUCCUGGUUUCGGUAAAUGGUAUUCUUGUAUGACGAUUGUUGGGAAGAGUCAUAAGUUUGUCUCAGAUCUACUAUAAUUCUUGAAGCUGCUCCGAUCAUACUUCAAGAGUUCUUGUGCAUUUUUCCCCUGGCUCUCUUUCUAUCAGCUUGUGAUUGUAAAUUGUGCUCGUGAUUGGUUUUAAGCUGUUGAGACGGCGUUGGCACCGUGUCCUAAUUUGAGAGUGGUCAACUUGAUCAUCUGGGGUAGUUAUGGCCCCCUUUUCCGUUGCCAGACGCAAUUGGGGGGACCAUGGAAUCAUUGUGGUUCUUUACAUAGAUUCAGAUUUCUGAGAUGUUGAGAAGGCUUUAACCUUUCUGUCACUGAAGUGGAUGCUGGAAGCUCUGACUCCCCAAAUAUGGGUUGCAACAAGACCAUAGUAUGGUUUCGGAGAGACCUCAGGAUUGAGGACAACCCUGCUUUAACUGCUGCUGCUAGAGAUGGUUUUGUAUAUCCUGUGUACAUAUGGUGUCCUAAAGAGGAGGGACAAUUCUAUCCUGGACGGGUAUCAAGGUGGUGGCUGAAGCAAUCACUUGCCCAUUUAAAACAGUCAUUGAAAUCCCUUGGUUCGGACCUCGUGCUAAUGAAAACUCAGAGUACUAUUUUCUCUCUUCUGGAGUGUAUCAAUGCUAUUGGGGCAACAAAAGUAGCAUUUAACUGUCUCUACGAUCCCAUUUCACUUGUCCGAGACCACAAUAUUAAAGAAAAACUAGUUGAACUCGGAAUUUCUGUACAGAGCUACAAUGCAGAUCUUUUAUAUGAGCCAUGGGACGUAUAUGAUGAAAAUGGGAAUGCUUUUACGACCUUCAAGGACUAUUGGGGUAAAUGUCUUCUUUUGCAGAAGGAAUUUAUUUCAACUCUCCCUCCAUGGAAACUACAACAUGCUGCAGGAUCAGUGGGAAGUUGUUGCAUUGAGGAACUAGGUCUUGAAAAUGAAUCAGAGAAAUCUAGCAAUGCAUUACUAGCAAGAGCUUGGUCGCCAGGGUGGAGCAACGCUGAUAAGGCUCUGGCUGAAUUUGUAGAAAAUCAUCUGCUAGAAUAUGCGAAAAAUAGGCAACAGCUGGGCGGUAGCUCGACAUCUCUACUGUCCCCAUACCUACAUUUUGGGGAAGUAAGUGUCUGGAAGGUUUUCCAAAAAGUGAGAAUGAAACAGAUAUUGUGGGCAAGAGAGGAAAACGCUGUAGGGGAACAAAGCACAAAUCUGUUUCUCAGAGCUAUAGGGCUCAGAGAGUAUUCCCGUUAUAUAUGUUUCAACUUUCCAUUCACCCAUGAGAGAUCAUUGCUGAGCAGCCUGAAGUUCUUCCCUUGGCAUGCUAGCCAGAAUAACUUUAAAGCUUGGAGGCAGGGUCGAACUGGCUACCCAUUGGUUGAUGCUGGAAUGAGAGAGCUUUGGGCAACUGGAUGGAUACACAACAGAAUAAGAGUGAUUGUUUCUAGCUUUGCAGUAAAGGUUUUGCUUCUUCCUUGGAAAUGGGGAAUGAAGUAUUUCUGGGACACUCUUUUAGAUGCAGAUUUGGAAAGUGAUAUCCUUGGUUGGCAAUAUAUUUCUGGGAGUUUGCCAGACGGCCAUGAACUUGAGAGAUUGGACGAUCCACAGAUUCAAGGCUCAAAAUACGAUCCAGACGGAGAAUAUAUUAGGCAUUGGCUGCCUGAGCUAGCACGAAUGCCGACCGAGUGGAUUCAUCAUCCUUGGGAUGCACCUCAGACUGUCCUAAAAGUUUCAGGAGUUGAGUUAGGUUUAAACUAUCCUACACCGAUAGUUGACUUAGACUUGGCUGCUAAUCGAUUGAGAGAAGCCAUAAUCAAAAUGCGGGAAAUUGAAGCAGCUGCUGGGGCAAAUUCAAAUGGUACAAAUGAAGUUGUUAUGGAUAAUGCAGAUAGGAUUCAAUCCUUGGGUACUGCAAAUGUUGUAGCAGAGCCAAAAACCUGUGCUACUUAUUCUUCUAAUGAUCAGAAGGUACCCAUGAUUCAAACUUCAAAGGUUGAUAAUCCAUUGAGUAGGAAACGGUCUAAGCCUAUGGAAGAGAAAGGAGAAUUUCAAUAUAAUAUUCGCAACGACGUACAAAGUGAAGCUGGGACGUCGAAACCAGACGAAGAUUUAUGCUCUACUGCUGAAUCUUCAUCAUCUAAGAAGCCAUCCACCAGCAGAACUUCCUUUUCUGUUCCACAGUUUUGUUCUUCAUCAAAAGGGCUGCCAGAAUCAUCUGAAGGAACUACUGAUAGAUGAGACUUCAAUUAAUGAUAGAGAACUUCGGAAUGAUAAUGGUUUCACAUCUCAUUGUUGGCUUGUGCGUGCUGAUGUUUGGUACACUUUUUGAUCUCUAAAGGUACCGAGUUUAGAUGCCUCCUCCUUUCUGUACAUAUAAACAUACUCAUAAAACAUAAAACUGUGCACAACUUUAUUCGCAAAUUUGUCCAAAUAUGUGCAGUUUCCCAUUGUAAUUCCUUCAAGUCCUCGAGUAUCUUGACCAUGGCAUGGUAUUGAAGUAUGUAUCAUUCAAAUUUAUGUGGUUA